AUUAAAGAAAAAAAUUGCAAGAACAUAGAAGCUGAAAGAUAAUACUCCAAUGAUUAUUAAUGGACAUUUACAACUCCAUAGUACGCUGCACUUUGGAAGUUGUACUUAGCUCUAUCUGUAGAUUCCCAGAGAAAGUCGCUAAGCUUCAUGAGUUUCCCGCUGUUAGCCAGCUCCACCACUCUACCACCACCACCGCUACCGGCGGCGAUUCCCGGCCAGCCGCCGUCUCUAGCUCAAAGGAUCCACAUCCCAUCACAUAUAUAUAAGCACCCAACAGCAAUCCUUCUUGAGCUCUGCACUUCCAUGAAAGAGCUUCACCAAAUUCUCCCUCACAUCAUUAAAAAUGGUCUUUAUAACGAACACCUUUUCGAAACCAAAUUAAUCAGCUUAUUUACCAAAUAUGGUAGCCUUAAUGAUGCUACCAAAGUCUUUGACUUUGCUAAACUCAAAGUUGACCCCAUGUAUCAUACCAUGCUUAAAGCUCAUACUCGUCAAUCUACUGUGGAUUCAUCUUUAUCUUUUUACUCUCGUUUGAGAUAUGAUAAUGUAACUCCGGUAAUUUACAAUUUUGGGUAUUUGUUAAAAGCUUGUGCAGAUACUUCUGAUGUUUUAAAGGGUAAACAGGUGCACGCACAGUUGAUUCUUCAUGGGUUUUCGGAUAAUUUGUUUGCAAUGACUAGUAUAGUGAACCUUUAUGCGAAAUGUGGGAUGGUUGGUGAUGCAUGUAAGAUGUUUGAUAGAAUGCCUGAUAGGGAUUUGGUUUGUUGGAAUACGGUUAUCGCUGGGUAUGCACAAAAUGGGAUGUCGAAGAGAGCGUUGGGGUUGGUUUUGAGGAUGCAUGAGGAAGGGUGUCAUAGGCCGGAUUCGGUUACGGUUGUGUCCAUUUUGCCUGCUUGUGCUGCUAUUGGGUCCUUGCGAAUGGGGAAGUCGAUCCAUGGAUAUGUUUAUAGAAACGGGUUUGAGUCGCUUGUGAAUGUCUUGACUGCUUUGGUUGAUAUGUAUGCUAAAUGUGGGUCGGUGGGCACUGCUAGGUUGGUUUUUGAUAAGAUUGAUUCUAAGACGGUUGUAUCGCUGAAUGCUAUGAUAGACGGAUAUGCACGGAAUGGAUAUUAUGAUGAAGCUCUUAUUAUCUUCCGGAGAAUGUUGGAUGAAGGAUUCAAACCGACGAAUGUGACUAUUAUGAGCACUUUACAUGCAUGUGCUGAAUCAAGGAAUCUCGAGCUUGGACAAUUUGUUCACAAAUUAGUCAACCAACUAGGUCUUGGUUCUAAUGUUGCAGUUGUUAACUCAUUGAUUUCAAUGUUCUGCAAGUGCCAAAGAGUGGAUAUUGCAGCUGGAUUGUUUAAAAACUUGACUGGAAAAACACUUGUCUCAUGGAAUGCUAUGAUAUUGGGCUAUGCACAAAACGGGUGUGUAAUGGAUGCAUUAACUCUUUUUUGUAAAAUGCAUCUGCUGAACAUCAAACCCGACUCAUUUACAAUGGUGAGUGUUGUUACAGCUCUUGCUGAAUUAUCCGUAUUGCGUCAAGCUAAGUGGAUCCAUGGAUUUGCUAUAAGGACUUGUUUAAACAGGAAUGUUUUUGCAGCCACUGCACUUGUUGACAUGUAUGCGAAAUGUGGAGCAGUUCACACAGCAAGAAAGCUAUUUGACAUAAUGGAUGAUAGGCAUGUUACAACAUGGAAUGCCAUGAUAGAUGGAUAUGGCACGCAUGGCUUUGGAAAGGAAGCUGUUGAAUUAUUUGACGAAAUGCGAAAGGGGCAUGUAAAGCCUAAUGACAUAACAUUUCUAUGUGUCAUCUCAGCUUGCAGCCACUCUGGCUUUGUAGAUAAGGGGCGCAAUUAUUUCAAGAUCAUGAGGGAAGAAUACAGCUUGGAGCCUUCAAUGGACCAUUAUGGGGCAAUGGUUGACCUACUUGGUCGAGCUGGUCAGCUCGGUGAAGCUUGGGACUUCAUCGAUAAUAUGCCUGUCAGACCAGGACUCAACGUCUAUGGUGCAAUGUUGGGAGCUUGCAAGAUUCACAGAAAUGUAGAGCUGGGGGAGAAGGCAGCAGACAAGCUAUUUGAGCUAGAUCCUGAUGAUGGUGGAUAUCAUGUGCUUCUUGCUAAUAUGUAUGCCACGGCUUCAAUGUGGCAUAAAGUUGCUAAAGUCAGAACUAUGAUGGAGAGAAAAGGUAUUCAAAAGACACCUGGAUGCAGUCUAGUUGAUUUAAGAAACGAGGUCCACACAUUCUACUCGGGAAGCACUAGCCAUCCUCAGUCUGAGAAGAUCUAUGCUUACCUUGAGAAAUUGCUUGAUAGGAUUAAAGCUGCUGGGUAUAUACCUGAUACCGAUUCAAUUCACGAUGUGGAAGAUGAUGUUCAGGAGCAAUUGUUAAAGAGCCACAGUGAGAAGCUUGCUAUUUCAUUUGGGCUUUUAAAUACAACUGCUGGUACAACUAUUCACAUCAGGAAAAAUCUUCGGGUUUGUGGGGACUGCCAUAGUGCAACAAAGUACAUCUCGCUUGUCAUGAAACGAGAAAUUAUUGUACGUGAUAUGCACCGCUUCCACCAUUUUAAGGAUGGAGCCUGUUCAUGUGGAGAUUAUUGGUGAUCUGAAUGAUUGAUAACUCUUCCAAGUUGUUACCUCAUGUUGAUUUUGUUAAAACAUUAUAUUAAUCUGAAACAAAGAUCUACACAAAUGCAACAGUUCAGCAGCAAAGAUCAGAAGUCACGACUGAAGUUGGAUUGUUGUCUUUAAUUUAUUCAACGUCACAUUGGCACCUUGAGAGGUAUUGAAUUGUGGAAUGAUCAUCAUAUUCAACAACAAAUUUUUCAGAUUGCCAACAGUUGCAGCCUACAUGGAAGAACUGACAACGAGAAGUCGCAUACUUGGUUCAAGAAAAAACCUGAUUAAUAGAGUGAAACUAUUGGCCAUUUAGCAACAAGUGGAAUAUCACUUUUGAGCACUAUUUUACUUCCUAAAAUUUGGAAGUUUAAACAGAAGAGUCCCGCAAACUUCAAGCAAAAUCUCUAGUGCUUGAUGAACUUCCCGGUAAAUUCUACUGGUACCUGGUUGUGGUACUGCUGCUUUCCGAUCUGGAAUUUCCCAAAUUUCUAUUACGAGUAAUAAAAGGCAACCCUUAUCACAAGAAAGGUUCAACGUGGAAGACUAGCAAAUACUCUUGAUAUUUAAUACUAAGAUUAUUACAACCCAUAUUCGCGUACGUUAGAUCACGCCGUA